UUUAGAAUGAAUAGCCCCAUACGAACACUCUACUACCAUCCUAGCUCUUGAUAAUCUGUAAUUAAAAGUUCUAUUUUCUGCACUAUUAAGCAGAGCUGGGCCGGGGAAUGGCCUGACAAUAUACUCCCGCAUUGGGAAACCCUCGUCUGCUACCAUAACGAAUGGGGCCUUUAUCGAACUUCCUGGUAAUAUUUUUGGUUCUGGGAGUUUAGUCUGCCCGCUCUCAAUGGAGUCGUGGAGUGUAGAGUUAGUAAAUACUCCAGCAUAAUUUUCUUUUCCAAAUGACCCCACAUUUACCAUAAUAAAUUUGUAAUUAGCGUCAGUUAGUGUGAGUAGACCGAUGGAAUAGUAAGCGUGAUGACAGUAAUGCAUCGAACCGGAUUUUGGAGGGCGUGUUAUUCUGACGUGUUUCAGAUCGAGCGCUCCAAAACAGUUUGGAAAUUGCCACUUCUCCCAAAAGUCCUUUGCAAUUGUUUCAAACAUCUCCGUAGUAGGCUGCGGCAUGUGUAUCCCAACUAAUUUAUUCCAAAUUGCUUUGCAUACUUCAAUAACAAUAAUGGCUACUCGACUUUUGGAAAUCCUGAACGUAAAUGCAAGCUGCCUGAAUCUCAUUCCCGUUAUUAAGUACCUGUAACAAACAAAUAUAACAAUAUCAUGAAAAUACUUUUCACUAGUAGGUUAGGCCUAUUUUUAUUUAUUUUUUUGUUACAGGCGAGACUGUGAAAGGCAAAUGGAAAAAUUUAAGGGACACGUUUCGCAGGGAAUUGAAGAAAGUCCCUGGUUAUCGGUCCGGAAGUGACGGUGACCAAGCCGCCAAAUACACUGGACAUUGGCCAUAUUUUGAAAGGAUGCUGUUCCUCAGAGGUGUAAUGACGCCAAGGCCUACUGAUUCUAACAUGUCAGUUACUGAUGAAGAGCGAAAUGAAAAUAACAUUGAUACCAUAACCCACGAAUCCGAUCCUGAUGACCCUGGUAAUUCAAUUCAAUCUCAUGUUGAUGAUGUUGAUGUCGGUAGCAAUUCAGAAGUUUCACGGUCCGUUAAAAAUCUAUAUACUAGCAACAAUGACCAGGUACAAACGGCACCUUAUAUAUCUAAAAGACGUAAAUUAACUGGUUCAGAGCAAUUUAAGGCUGAUAUUUUGGCCCUAGAGGCUAAAAAGAUUAACAUGCUCGAAAAAGACAGUGACCAGAAUGAUGACGAUUUAAAUUUCUUCAAGUCAUUGCUGCCACAUACGAAAACUCUACCAGCAGUAAAUUAUUUUUCCGCAGUAAAGUUCAGAACAUGCUUGCUGAGGAAAUGAUGAACGCCAACCGGCCCCAUUACGCUACAUUUCCAAAUACAUUUGUUCGUACUACUCCACAAACGCCAGUAACUACGCCAGAAACUACUUCUCAUGCUACUACUAGUUCAGGAAGGACGCCAGCAAGUACGCCUGACGUAAUUGUACAUCAAGAUCUUAACACAGACGAGACUCAAUCUCAAUCUAUCUUGCUAUGGAAUUUAAAUUGACACUUAAAACCUUACAAAGCUUAAAUGUUAAUCGUUCUUUUGU